CACACCUCCCGAAGUUCCUGAGCUGAGUUUACCAACCUGUUAGGUCCACGGGGCCGGGACCAUGGGUUGCUUCUUCUCCAAGAGAAGAAACACUGAGAAGGAGUCGCGACCCGCGAACGAGGAGGAGCGGCCAAAGCAGUACAGCUGGGACCAGCGUGAGAAGGUUGAUCUAAAAGAAUACAUAUUCAAUGGACUGAAGGAUGAAACAGUAGGUCGCUUACCUGGAAAGGUGGCAGGACAACAGUUUGUCAUUCAAGACUGUGAGAACUGUAACAUCUACAUUUUUGAUCACUCCGCUACAAUUACCAUUGAUGACUGUACUAACUGUGUCAUUUUCCUGGGACCGGUGAAAGGCAGUGUGUUUUUCCGAAACUGCAGAGAUUGCAAAUGUGUAUUAGCCUGCCAGCAAUUUCGUGUGCGUGAUUGUAGAAAGCUGGAAGUCUUUCUGUGUUGUGCCACUCAACCCAUCAUUGAAUCCUCCACAAAUAUCAAGUUUGGCUGUUUCCAGUGGUACUACCCUGAAUUAGCUUUUCAGUUCAAAGAUGCAGGGCUAAGUAUCUUCAAUAAUACCUGGAGUAACAUUCAUGACUUUACACCUGAGUCAGGAGAGCUCAACUGGACCCUUCUUCCAGAAGAUGCUGUGGUUCAGGACUACGUUCCUGUACCUACGACUGAAGAGCUCAAAGCUGUCCGCAUUUCCACAGAAGCUAACAGAAGCAUUGUUCCAGUAACCCGGGGUCAGAGGCAGAAGAAUAGCGAUGAAUCAUGCUUAGUGGUGUUAUUUGCUGGUGAUUAUACUAUCGCAAAUGCCAGGAAACUAAUUGAUGAGAUGAUUGGCAAAGGUUUUUUCCUAGUUCAAACAAAGGAAGUGACCAUGAAACCUGAGGAUGCUCAAAGGGUUUUUCGAGAGAAAGCAGCUGACUUCAGUCCUCUUCUGAAAAAAGGUGCUGUUAUUGCACUGGAAUUUAACGGCGAUGGUGUUGUAGAAGAAUGUCAGCUUAUUGUAGACAAGAUCUUCAGUGGAAGCCAGAUGUUUGUAUCAGAAAGCAAAGAAACAGCAUCUGAAGAUAUAGACAACUUCUACAACUUUGCUGAUAUACAGAUGGGCAUAUGAAGUGCAAUAUGGAACCAAAGCCUUGGUAUUGAGCCCUUUCCAACUUGAAUAUAUAAAAUUUGGUAACAUAUUUUUGUGUAUUAGCAAUGGUUUGUAUUCACGCUAAAAUUGCUGGUUUAUUUUUAAUAAAUUGCUUAAUUCUGCAUCCCUUACUUGAGGUUCAAAAAUGGUUCAUUUUUAAAAAUUAGUUUUAAUCACCUCAAAAACUAUUUAAACUACUUCAUUAGCUUAGUCUUGCUUAGUCUUGUUUCUCUGCAUACGAUACUCUAAUUACAAAAUGUAAGUGGCUAACAGUUCAUGAUUCUAGUCAUGUUAAAUAGUCUUUCACAUUACAGUAAUUUAAACUUUCCUUAUUGCUCCAUACUUCUCUGAAAAUACAUUUCAUUGAGUACUUAUUUUUAUGUUGUUUUAAAUUCAGAGGGAUUUGUUCCUCGAUGGUCAGUUACAUCCAUACACUUUUUCUCAUAUAUGUACAUCUAGUUUGAACAAUUGCUUCCUACUUGCAUUAUAUGGAGUUGACAUAAUGCUUUGUAAAUGACAUUUUUUGAAGAAAUGGGCAUUUUAUAACAACCUUUGCAAACAACUCUACUAACUGAUGUUGGUAUAGCUAUGUAAAGACUACUUUGUACGUAGUCUAUUUAAUACAUUCCACAUUCUUUAAUGUUUAAAUACAACUGCUAGAUGGCUCCUCUGCUUCCUGGGAAGACAAGAAAUAUGCAAUACUAACAUUACAGAAGCUCAAUGACCAGCAGUUGUUUUGUCAGCUUGAGAGCUAUCAAGAGAAUUAGGACAAAACCUUGUAACAUUUAGAAAAGAAAUACUUGGGCACUAAGCUGUGCUGAUGAUUUAAAACCUUGGGAUGUGUGGUUUUUUUUUUUUUUAAUAGAUACCAUUCACGUCUAGUAAUCUUCAAAUAUGAUUUUAAAAAUUACUUGGGUGGCUUUAAACCAUUAUUUCUCAGAUCUACUUAAUCAUAAUAUCUUACCAAGAAGCAGGGAAGUUACUUGUUUAAAACUCCACAUUCUCAGACAUAGUCCUCAGAUGCAUG